AUGCCGGAGUUAUCUUCAAAAGGCACUACCAUUUCUAAGAAAGGUUUUAAAAAAGCUGUGACGAAGACCCAAAAGAAAGAAGGAAAAAAGCGCAAAAGAUGCCGCAAAGAGAGCUACUCUAUCUAUAUUUACAAGGUGCUGAAGCAGGUCCAUCCAGAUACUGGCAUUUCCUCAAAGGCCAUGAGCAUCAUGAAUUCCUUUGUUACUGACAUCUUUGAGCGUAUCGCAGGGGAGGCAUCCCGUUUGGCCCACUACAACAAAAGGUCAACUAUCACGUCCAGGGAGAUCCAAACGGCUGUCCGGUUGUUGUUACCUGGUGAGCUGGCUAAGCACGCAGUUUCUGAGGGCACCAAGGCUGUUACGAAAUACACAAGCUCCAAGUAA